AGUAUUAUCAUAUUCUGUGUAUACAAAUUACUAUUUUACAAUAAAAUAAUUUUAAAUAAUAAUUUUUAACACUUUUAUAGAUCUCUAUUUUAUUUUUAGUGAUAAUUUUUAAUAAAGUUGGAUAAUUAAAUUUAAAAGGUCCAAAAUUGUAUGUAUUCUGUUUAUUUUUAAAAAUGAGCCAAGUACAGUGGCCAUGGCAGUAUAAUUUUCCUCCAUUUUUUACAAUACAACCAAAUGUUGAAACCAGAAAAAAACAGUUAGAAGCUUGGAGAACAUUGUUAUUAAACUACUGUAGUACACAAAAAAUUUGUUCUAUUGAUAUAAGAGAAGGUGAUCGUUUACCAGUAUUUAACAACUCUGCGAUAUCCAGAAAAUUGUCACCUGAAGCUAUUACAACAGUGUUAGAAUUUUUACAAAAGACUGGGAAUGCUGAUCCAUUGGACAAAUCAAAAACUAGGUGGCAUAUUUAUUGGCACACUCUGGAUGAAUGGGCUUCAAUUAUCUAUAAAUGGGCUCAAGAUAAUGGUAUGAUUAAUACAGUCUGCACCUUUUAUGAAAUUUCGAGUGAUACUGGUGGUGAACUUAAUGGACUUGAUGAUGAUGUGCUUAUGAAAAUUUUAAAAAUAUUAGAAAGGCGACAACAAGCUGAAAUAUUAACAUUGGAAGGUGGAUCUGGUGUUAAAUUUUUUUAAUUACGAUCCCUAUUUGACCUAUCGAGUAUUAAAUAUUUAGCUAUUAAAAAUUAAUAUUGAAUAAUAAUCAACAUAAAAAUAUUUUUUUAAUAUUUGUUGUAACAAUAAUAAAAUGAUAAAUAACACAA